GGAAGACCUUAAAAACCUAGCAAACCCCACAUCCCUCCCUCUCGCCCUCAUCCCCCAUCCCCCAUCCCCCAUCCGCUGCCCGUCGUCGGCGUUAGGAUGGACAACCGACGGCCACCCCGGACGGUCAGCGACCCCAAGGUCCGGCAAGUGGGCUUCGUCACCCCUGGCGCCGCCCCGCCCGCCCGCUACCUCUCCGAAGCCCCCACCGCCGCGGCUGCCUCUUCCCCUCCCUCCGGAGACAUCGGCCCCCCUGCUAUCUCCACCUCCCCGGUCAUGAUCCCCCCGCCACGCCACUCCCCCUCCGCUCCCCUCGCCGUCCCCAACCCCGCCCGCCGCGACAGCCUUCAGAUCCAGGUCGGCGGAUAUAACCCGCCGGAAGUCCUCCUUGAGUCGCCCCCCUUGACGUCGCCGUCCAGCCGGAUGGACGACGCGGUCUCCCAGUUCUCCGAGGAUCCUUCUAUGUCUCCAUGUAAUGGUCGGAGUGAGGCGGCAAAGGUUGCGUCUUCCUUCCCUGGGAGUAGCGGUGAAAUGAUGGUGACGAAGGCUGGUAUUGUUGGUGGCGGCAGCAAUACUCCGAAGAGCUCGUGGACGACUGCAUCGGUGGCGAAGACACGGCCCGGUAUUUCAGAAAAAGAAAGAGGAGCUGUUGUGGGGAUGCAAAAUGAUGGGGCAGGGGUAUCAAAGACACUCAAGGAGAAAACAACAAAAGCUGAGAGGCGUGCCCUCCAAGAGGCCCAACGUUCUGCAAAAGCUGCAGCAAAGGAAUCUGGUGCUGGAGUCAAGCUUUCAGCUGCACCAGGAGGUGCAGUUCCUGCAAACACAAAGCAGGGUAAAGUUGUCAAGCCUCCUGCACAAAAGAAAGAUGGGCCUCAAGUUGCAAAUCCAUCUGUAUCUUCCGAAAAGAAGGUCGUUGAUCGACCUCCUGAAAAGGAUCGGAAGAAGGACGUUCCUCCUCCACGUAUGCAAUUUGAUGAUAUCCAUAGGGUUGAAAAGGCAAAACGACGUGCAGUGGUUUAUCAAUUUGAAGCUAAAAACAGAGUUGAAUUGUUCCGGCAUUUACCUCAAUAUAUACAUGGAACUCAGCUUCCAGAUCUUGAAACAAAGUUCUUUCAACUUGAUCCAAUGCAUCCUUCUGUUUACAAGGUUGGACUUCAGUACUUGUCUGGUAAUAUAUCAGGUGGCAAUGCUCGUUGUAUUGCAAUGCUUCUUGCAUUCCGAGAGGCAAUCCGAGAUUACUCUACACCCCCUGAAAAGGCACUUGUUCGAGAUUUGACUGCAAAAAUAAGUAGUUAUGUGUCAUUUCUAAUUGAGUGUAGACCUCUUUCAAUUAGCAUGGGAAAUGCUAUCAGGUUUUUAAAAAAUAGAAUUGCUAAAUUACCAGAUACAAUGCCGGAAUCAGAAGUGAAAUCUAGUCUUCAAUCUGACAUUGAUCGUUUCAUAAAUGAGAAAAUAGUGAUUGCUGAUAAGGUUAUAAUUAGGCAUGCUGUUACCAAGAUCAGAGAUGGGGAUGUUCUCCUAACAUAUGGAUUAUCUUGUGUUGUUGAGAUGCUAUUAGUAUACGCCCACGAGGUUGGGAAACAGUUCCGUGUUGUUAUAGUUGAUUCUCGCCCAAAGCUUGAAGGGCAGGUAUUGCUCCAUAGAUUGGUGGCCAAGGGCAUUAACUGCACAUACACACAUGUAAAUGCAAUUUCAUACAUCAUGCAUGAAGUCACACUGGUUUUUCUAGGAGCUGCAUCAGUGCUGUCCAAUGGAACUGUUUACUCAAGAGUUGGUACAGCUUGUGUAGCUAUGGUUGCAAAUGCUUUCCGGGUUCCCGUUCUAAUAUGCUGUGAGGCUUAUAAGUUUCAUGAAAGGGUACAACUUGAUUCUAUAUGUUCAAACGAGCUAGGUGAUCCAGAUGUCAUUUCAAAAGUUCCUGGACGGAAAGAUUUAAACCAUCUGGAUAAUCGGGCUGACAUUGAGAAUCUGCAGCUUUUAAAUCUUACUUAUGAUGCAACACCUUCUGAUUUUGUGUCAAUGAUUAUCACGGAUUAUGGGAUGCUCCCACCUUCCAGUGUGCCAGUCAUCGUGCGAGAAUACCGCAGGGAGAACUUAUGGAUUUAGAGGCCUCCUCAUUCCAAUUGCCAAUGCAGAUCGAACAGAGACUCCGCAAAGAUCUGCAAAAGCAUUAUUAUUGUUCAAGCAGGACCACCUGUUGCAGUAAAAUAGCGACAAAGUGUUUGGUGUGUUUGCAGCUAGUGUCCUCUUUAAGUACUGCAAUAGCUUUUUCCUGCUAUAUAAUGGCCAUAGUCAAUCUAAUUUACAGAUCCAUCUUAAUCUUCAUAGCUGAGAAUCCGACUGCAGCAUAUUGAUCAAUUAUUGGGGUUUCAGUAGUC